AUGAACGCUCAAAGUACAUCAGCAGUUAAGGGAGGUUCUACUCAAGCCACCAACACCGCUGGUAUCACUCCUCAAAACAGACGUGGCUCUCAAGAAGGCACCAUGUUCGCAGGACUCCGAAAUCAAAAACGUUCGAGUAUUGAUGCGGCGACGCAGGCUAGACGUGCCAGUUUUGCGGAUCAGACUCCUAAGGCGGGUUUUGUCGCGCAGAUGUGGAAUAGUUUCACUAAGGGGACAUAA